UUCUGUCAAGAUGAAGGUCACUAGGAUGCCAGAGGUCCUGACUCUCCUUGCUGCCUUAAUUUGCCCUUAUGUCGAGAACCUUGAUGUACAGAUAAGUUGUUCUUUGGACUGGGUGAUGGUCUCGGUUAGCCCACUUUCACAAAGCAGAAAUCUGUAUAUAUUCGAUGAUGAACUGUGUCUGGGAUCAGGCUGCCCUGCAACUCAGAUACACACAUACAUAUAUCAUUUUAUCUACCCUGUUUUUAGUUGUGGCAUCAGGACAAAGGUUGUUUCUGAGGAUACGCUCCUUAUCCAAACGGAGAUAUACUUUACCCCAAGGGAUACCACUCAGGCCAGUGAGAUGAUCCCUUUGAAAUGUACUACUUCUAGGAAAUCAGUGUGGCUUACACCAGUUUCUAAGGAUGAUGAAAUAAAAUUGGAUCCCAGUCCCUUUAUGGCUGACUUUAACCCAACACCAGAAGAAUUGGGAUUAUUAUGUUCUAGUUAAACUGACUCCUCCCAUAAAGAGAAAUGGUAACUUAAAACUGGUAUCAUAAAUUUUGUUGGAAAACAAUGUUUGUUAUGUAUUUUUUUAAAGUUGGUAUAAAUCUCCCCUUAGGUAUCUGUUUCAAUAA